AUGCCACUCCUUCUAAGGCAAGCAUACUAUGCCACAUGUCCAUAUCUAGCCAACCACCACUGCCGGCCACCUGCCGUCGGAAUCCCGCCGCCGGCCACCACAGCCGAAAUCCCGCCGCCGGACUCCUGCCGACAGCCACCUGCCACCACCACUGUUGGCCGCCAUAGCCCGUCGCCGGCCUGCCACCGUCUGCAGGGAACCAACUCCGUUGCCCUUUAUUUACCUUUAACAAUAAAAGAUUUUGUAUCAUUGAAUGGACUCGAACCUUGA